CAGCCCGGUCCUGAAUUCUGAUACAACCCUAAACCCUUAAAUACGAGCCCUCAACCCCCAUUUUUCCAGGGUUUCAUUCGAAGAGAAUCAGAUCCGCCGCAGGGAAGCUCUGAGACUUACAUCGAUGGCGAGAAUCAAGGUCCAUGAACUGCGUCAGAAAACAAAGGCGGAUCUGCUGAGCCAGCUCAAGGAUCUUAAGGCCGAGCUUGCCCUCCUGCGCGUCGCCAAGGUCACCGGUGGUGCACCCAACAAGCUCUCCAAGAUAAAGGUGGUGAGGCUGUCGAUUGCGCAGGUGUUGACGGUGAUUUCCCAGAAGCAGAAGGAGGCUCUGAGAGAAGUUUACAAGAAGAAGAAAUACCUUCCCCUCGAUCUGCGUCCCAAGAAGACCAGGGCCAUUCGUAGAAGGCUCACCAAACACCAGUCAUCAUUGAAGACUGAACGAGAGAAGAAGAGAGAGAUGUAUUUUCCCAUGAGGAAGUAUGCUAUCAAGGUGUAGGGUGUAGGGGACUUCAGCUUGAAAGAUCUUGGCACCUUAUUUUAAAAAAUCCCCUCGGUUGAUAAAAUUUUGGCGUUUGUUUAGUCUUAAUUAAUGAUUAGAGGACUUAAUCUUACGUUCUUGUUUGAUGUUUGAAAGUUGUGGAUUAUCUCAUACUACAGUGGGAUGAAGCUAUUCUUAUUUGAUGAA